AUGUUUUUUUGUUUUUAUUUUACGAUACAAAGGUGGAAUGAUGAUGACGAUGAUGAAGAUGCUGAUGAUCUUAAAGCAAAUUCAUUGAAUAAAUCAACGACUAAUAUUCAGAAAAAUGAAGAAAAUAAUCGUAAACGUAAAUCACGUUGGAGUACUACAAAACAAGAGCGUAUUGAACAUAAAUUUGUUGAACAAAUUCAUGAAGCAACGGAAAAAGCAAAAACAUUUGUUGCACAACUUAAUGAACAAAUGAAAUUAUAUCCUGAAGGAUAUGAUGGAAGCAAAAUGAAUGAUGAACAGCGUGGACAAUAUGUUGAACAGAAAGAACUUCAAUCAAUCUAUCAGACUAUGAUGGUUAAAAGACGUGAAUUAGAAAAAGUUGCUCGACAACAGCAACAUAAACAUGAAUAUGAUUCAGAUGAAGAAACUGAUAAUAAAACAGGAACAUGGGAACAUCGAUUACGUACAGCUGAAAUGGAUAUAACACGAGAAUGGGCAGUUAAAUUAACUGAAAUGGCACAUGGAAAACAUCAUAUUGGUGAUUUUAUUCCAGCAUGUGAAUUAGAAAAAUUUAUGAAAACUUAUUCAGCAUUGAAAGAAGGUCAAACACUUGACGUAUCCGAUUAUCGUGAUUUUAAAAUUCAAGCUGAAAAUAUUGGUUAUCGUCUUUUGGAAAAAUUCGGAUGGAAAGAAGGACAAGGUUUAGGUAAAAAUUCACAAGGAAUUGUCAAUCCUGUUAAUAAAGGAGCAACACCAGUACAUCAUUCUGGUCUUGGACAAGGUCGUCCAUCGGAAUUAGAUCGUAAUGAUGAUGAAUUUCAAAUGUAUCGAAAACGUAUGAUGCUUGCUUAUAGAUUUCGACCAAAUCCAUUAAACAAUCCACGUCGAGAUUAUUAUUAA